AUGUUAAAACAUAAUAUUAGAAAUAAUCAAAAAUGGACAUUUAUUAAAAAUUUUUUACUUUUUUUUAUUUUUUUUUCAUGGUUUAUCUUUCUACAUAUUUCUGGGUUAUACUUGUUUACACAGGGUUUUCUUCUUACAAGAUCUACUUUGAAUUUAACAUCAAGGUGUGAUAUUCCUCCAUAUGUUUUCACAAAUCAAGAAAUUUUAAAAAAUGAUUGUUGGUAUCCUUCGACGUUUAAAAAAGCGAUUAUCGUUGUAAUUGAUGCAUUGCGUUAUGAUUUUACUAUUGAGAAUCCGGGCUCAAGUCUUUAUUGCCAUAACAUAUUUACUGUUCUUCAUGAAACAUCUACCAAACAUCCUAGACAAGCAUUUUUAAGACCAUUUAUUGCUGAUCCUCCAACAACUACUUUACAGCGUCUUAAAGCAUUAACAACGGGAACUUUGCCAACUUUUAUUGAUGCAGGAUCAAAUUUUGCUGGUACUGUUAUUUUAGAAGAUAAUAUCUUGGCACAAUUAAAAUCACGAGGUUAUCGUAUCGGGUUUUUAGGAGAUGAUACAUGGAUUUCUUUGUAUCCUACAUAUUUUGAGCCUAAUAUUACUUACCCCUUUGAUUCAUUUAAUGUUUGGGACCUUGAUACUGUUGAUAAUAAUAUAAAUUCCUACUUAUUUCCUCUUCUGAAUGAUACUGAAAGAACAAAAUGGGACAUACUUAUUGUCCAUUAUCUUGGUCUUGAUCAUGCCGGACAUAAAUAUGGACCCAAUCAUUAUGAAACUGCUAGAAAACUAUCUGAAAUGGAUACUAAUAUAAGAAAGAUUAUGAGCAAACUUCAAAAUGAUACACUUUUAAUUGUUUUAGGGGAUCAUGGCAUGGAUGAAAAAGGUAAUCAUGGUGGUGAUAGUUUAGACGAGGUAGUCUCUGCUCUUUGGAUGUACAACAAAGGUUCAACAUUACCGGAAUUUCCAUCAAAUUUAACAAGUAUAUCCCAACUUGAUUUUGUACCAACAUUAUCACUUCUUAUGGGCAUUCCUAUUCCAUAUAAUAAUCUAGGUGGUCCUAUUAUAGAGGCUUUUUUUUAUAACAAAAAUUUAAAUUGGAAAGAUUACUCUCGAGCAGCAAAAAUAACUGUAUAUCAAAUCAAAAGAUAUAUUAAAUCUUAUAAAAAUAUAUAUGGUUUAGAUGGAUUUGAAGAUAUAAAAGUUGACUUAGAUACGGAAAACAUAGAGUAUAAAUUUUCUCAGAAUAAUUUUCAAAAUAAUGAAUUUUGGAAAAAACAAUUCUUUAAAUAUAUAACUUAUCAACAAAUGAUACUUAAUAAAUUUCGAGAAAUAUGGGUAAGAUUCGAUAUUUGGAGAAUAAUUGCUGGAAUUAUUAUCUUAUUUGGAGAUUUACUAUGUCAGUUUCUUUUUUAUCUAAAUUUGAAUUAUUUAACAGAAAAAAUUAAUAUAUUAGGUAUUAUUCUAAAAUCUAUAAUUGGCGCAGGAAUUUGUGCACUUUUAUCUAAAUUGUCUUUUGUUUUCUUAAAUGUCUCAAAUUCAGCAUUAUUUGGGGGGUGCUUUGUAAGCAUUUUGAGUUUUUUAUCCUUUUUUUUAAAAAAGGCUUUUUUUGUCCAAUUUCCAAAAUCAUUCAGUAAAUCUAUUACUAUCCUGUUGAUUAUUGUACAUGGCCUUAUAUUAUCAUCAAAUUCUUUUAUCGUUUGGGAGGAAAAGAUAAUUUUAUUUACUAUAUCUUCUAUUUAUACUUUGAUUUUUUUUUCAGUAUUUUCUAAACAUAAAAAGAAUAUUCGUAUUUCAGCAAUUAUACGUAUAUUAUUGCUAUUUCUUACUGGAAGAAUGACAUCUUUAAUACGUCAAUGUCGGGAAGAGCAGCAGCCUUUUUGCAAAUCAACUUUUUUUUAUAAUACAAGAAAUUUUGUUAUUUCUUUUUGUUUUUUAUUUCUCCUGGCUUUCAUAUUUUUAGUCCUUCUUCCAUCAACUAUAUCUCAUUUUCUUACUAACUCAAAAAUUCAUAAAGGCUCUAGAUCAUCUCCUUUUAUAGGAUUCAAAGUUGGUUUUAUUUUAAUACUAGCACAUUCUAUAAUUGAUUUCGAAACAUUGCAUUUUAGCCAAUUAAAACAUUUUAACAAUGAAAAAAUUCAAGAAAUCAAAAUGAUAUUAGUAAGAAUUGUCUUAUUUACAUAUUUAUUUAUCUUUCAUUUAAUAUGGAUAUUUUUGUCUUUUAAUAAUAGAAUAAAGGGAAAAUCUAAGCUUUCAAAUCUUCUCAACUUAACUUUUAUGCUUAAAACAUAUACUCAUAAAUUUACAAAUAUAUAUAACUCAAAUUAUUUUUCAUUUAUUCUUAGCUGGUUUAUUAUCUUAACAAUUCUUCAAAAGCCACUAGGUGUUAUUUCUUUUUCUUUUCUUCUUUUUCAAAUUCUUUUAUAUAUAGAACUUUUACAUUUACUGCAAAAGAAUAGUAGCUCAGAAAUCGAUGUUAUCUUAUUUGCACUUUUAGGUCGUUCUCAUUUUUUUUCAACUGGACAUCAAGCUACUUUGUCAUCUAUUCAAUGGGAUUCUGCAUUCCUAGCUUCAAAAACCAUUAUAUAUCCACUUUCUCCUGCAUUAAUAUUGGGAAAUACAUUUGGCUCCCAGAUAUUUAUAGCUAUUUCUUUACCUCUUUUGAAUUUUCACAUGGAAAAUAAUGCCAUUGAUGCUACAUCUAAUCGUCUUUUUGAAAUUCUUCAAAUCUUUCUUCUAUAUCAUUCUAUGAUGACAACAUCAAGUGUUUUAUUUACUGCUCUUUUACGUAGACAUCUCAUGGUUUGGAAAAUCUUUGCACCAAAAUACAUGGCAAAUGCAAUUGAACUUUUAUUAAUCGAUAUUAUAUUGUUAUUCUUUACACUAGGAUUUAGUAUAAUCAAUUUUUUUCAUCAUAUAUAG